CGGGAACGAUCGGCAAAACGGAGUUCACCGAUCACCGGGAGUUUUUGGAGUUUGUUGUUAUUUGUUCGCGGGAGAGUUUAACGGUUUUACCGGAACGUCAACACCGCGACGUGUGUCACCGACAAUCGGCGACGAUGUUGACUAAAUUUGAAACCAAGUCGGCCCGCGUCAAAGGCCUGAGCUUCCACCCGAAGAGGCCGUGGGUUCUGGCCAGCCUGCACAACGGAGUGAUCCAGCUGUGGGACUACCGCAUGUGCACCCUGAUCGACAAGUUCGACGAGCACGACGGUCCCGUCAGAGGAAUUGAUUUCCACAAACAGCAGCCUCUGUUUGUGUCGGGAGGAGACGAUUACAAAAUCAAGGUGUGGAACUACAAACUGAGACGCUGCCUCUUCACUCUCCUCGGACACCUGGACUACAUCAGGACGACCUUCUUCCACCACGAUUACCCCUGGAUCCUGAGCGCCUCGGAUGACCAGACUAUUCGCAUCUGGAACUGGCAGUCGAGGACCUGCGUCUGUGUGCUGACCGGCCACAACCACUAUGUGAUGUGCGCCCAGUUCCACCCCUCUGAGGACCUGGUGGUGUCGGCCAGUCUGGACCAGACCGUGCGCGUGUGGGAUAUUUCCGGUCUGAGGAAGAAGAACCUGUCGCCCAGCGCCGUGGAGACGGACGUGCGCGGCAUCUCCGGCGUCGACUUGUUCGGCGCCUCGGACGCCGUCGUGAAGCACGUCCUCGAGGGUCACGACCGCGGGGUCAACUGGGCGGCCUUCCACCCCACCAUGCCGCUCAUCGUGUCCGGAGCCGACGACCGGCAGGUGAAGAUCUGGAGGAUGAACGAGUCCAAGGCGUGGGAGCUGGACACGUGCCGCGGCCACUACAACAACGUGUCCUGCGCCGUGUUCCACCCUCGCCAGGAGCUCAUCCUGUCCAACUCCGAGGACAAGAGCAUCCGCGUGUGGGACAUGUCCAAGAGGACCGGCGUGCAGACCUUCCGCCGCGACCACGACCGCUUCUGGGUGCUGGGCGCCCACCCCAACCUCAACCUGUUCGCCGCCGGACACGACAGCGGCAUGAUCGUGUUCAAGCUGGAGCGCGAGCGGCCGGCAUACGCCGUCCACAGCAACGUGCUGUUCUACGUGAAGGAGCGCUUCCUCCGCCAGCUGGACUUCAGCAGCAGCAAGGACACGGCCGUCAUGCAGCUGCGCAGUGGGUCCAAGUUCCCGGUGUUCAGCAUGUCUUACAACCCGGCUGAGAACGCGGUCCUGCUCUGCACCAGGGCGAGCAACCUGGAGAACAGCACCUACGACCUGUACUCCAUCCCCAAAGAGAGCGACUCCCAGAGCCCCGACGCGCCGGAGGGGAAGAGGUCCUCCGGGCUCACGGCCGUCUGGGUCGCCCGGAACCGCUUCGCCGUCCUGGACCGCAUGCACUCGCUGCUCAUCAAGAACCUGAAGAACGAGAUCGUGAAGAAGGUGCAGGUCCCGAGCUGCGAGGAGAUCUUCUACGCCGGGACGGGCUCCCUGCUGCUGCGCGACGCGGACGGCGUGACGCUGUUCGACGUGCAGCAGAAGCGCUCGCUCGCCACGGUGAAGAUCGCCAAGGUCAAGUACGUGGUGUGGAGCGCCGACACCAGCCACGUGGCGCUGCUCGCCAAGCACGCCAUCAUGAUCUGCAACCGCAAGCUGGAGAGCCUGUGCAACAUCCACGAGAACAUCCGUGUGAAGAGCGGCGCCUGGGACGAGAGCGGCGUCUUCAUCUACACGACCUCCAACCACAUCAAAUACGCCCUCACCUCCGGUGAUCAUGGUAUCAUCCGGACCCUGGACCUGCCCAUCUACGUGACGCGCGUGCGAGGCAACAGCGUCUUCUGCCUGGACCGCGAGUGCAGGCCGCGCGUCCUCACCAUCGACCCCACGGAGUACCGCUUCAAGCUGGCGCUGGUCAACCGCAAAUACGACGAGGUGCUCCACAUGGUGCGCACCGCCAAGCUGGUGGGCCAGUCCAUCAUCGCCUACCUGCAGAAGAAGGGCUACCCGGAGGUGGCGCUGCACUUCGUGAAAGACGAGAAGACGCGCUUCAGCCUCGCUCUGGAGUGCGGCAACAUCGAGGUGGCGCUGGAGGCCGCCAAGGCGCUGGACGAGCGCAGCUGCUGGGAGCGCCUGGGGGAGGCGGCGCUGCUGCAGGGCCACCACCAGGUGGUGGAGAUGUGCUACCAGAGGACCAAGAACUUCGACAAGCUCACCUUCCUCUACCUCAUCACCGGCAACCUGGCCAAGCUGCGCAAGAUGAUGAAGAUCGCCGAGAUCAGGAAGGACAUGAGCGGCCACUACCAGGCGGCGCUGUACCUGGGCGACGUCAGCGAGAGGGUCCGCAUCCUCAAGAACUGUGGGCAGAAGUCCCUGGCCUACCUGACGGCGGCCACCCACGGGCUGGACGAGGAGGCCGAGGCCCUGAAGGAGACCUUUGACCCCGAGAAGGAGACGGUUCCCGAAGUCGACCCCGACGCUCAGCUGCUGCAGCCGGCGCCGCCCAUCAACCCGCUGGACACCAACUGGCCGCUGCUCACCGUGUCCAAGGGCUUCUUUGAGGGCGCCAUCUCGGCGAAGGGGAAGGCCGGGCAGAUGGCCGCCGACCCCGACAUGGAGGCCCCGGGCGGUGAGGGCUGGGGAGACGACGCCGAGCUUCAGCUGGACGAAGACGGUUUCGUGGAUGCUCAGGAAGGAUCCGGGGAAGAAGGAGGGAUCAAGGAGGAGGGCGGAGGAUGGGAGGUGGAGGAAGACCUGGACCUUCCUCCAGAGCUGGACCUGCCGCCCGGUGGAGGCGGAGGAUCGGAGGACGGCUUCUUCGUCCCGCCCACUAAAGGCACGAGUCCCACGCAGAUGUGGUGCAACAACUCCCAGCUGCCGGUGGACCACGUCCUGGCUGGCUCCUUCGAGACCGCAAUGAGGUUGCUCCACGACCAGGUGGGAGUUGUGAACUUCGAGCCCUACAAGUCGCUGUUCAUGCAGACGCUGUCCAGAGGCCGCACCUGUUACCUGGGGCUGCCAUCCCUGCCCUGCCUGCGCAGCCAACCCCAGAGGAACUGGAAGGACUGUGGCGCAAAGCAAGGCCUGCCCGCUGUGGGCCUGCGCCUCUCCGACCUCAUCGCCCGCCUGCAGCACUGCUACCAGCUGACGACGUCGGGGCGCUUCGAGGAAGCCGUGGAGCGCUUCCGAGUCAUCCUGCUGUCCGUCCCUCUGCUGGUGGUGGACAACAAGCAGGAGAUUGCAGAGGCUCAGCAGCUAAUCACCAUCUGCAGAGAGUACAUCGUGGGUCUCACCAUGGAGACGGAGAGGAAGAAGUUGCCUAAGGACACUCUGGAUCAGCAGAAGAGGCUGUGUGAGAUGGCUGCCUACUUCACCCACUGCAAUCUGCAGCCCGUCCACAUGGUGCUGGUGUUGCGCACGGCCCUGAACCUCUUCUUCAAGCUGCGUAACUUCAAGACGGCCGCCAGCUUCGCUCGCCGCCUCCUGGAGCUGGGCCCGAAGCCCGACGUCGCCCAGCAGACGCGCAAGAUUCUGGCGGCCUGCGAGAAGACCCUGACGGACGCCCACCAGCUGAACUACGACCCCCACAACCCGUUCGACCUGUGCGGCGCCUCCUUCGUGCCCCUGUACCGCGGGCGCCCCGUUGAGAAGUGCCCCCUGUCCGGAGCGUGCUACUGCCCCACGUACAAGGGCCAGGUCUGCAGGGUCACCGAGGUGACGGAGAUCGGUAAGGAUGUGAUCGGUCUGCGCGUGAGUCCUCUUCAGUUCCGUUGAGGCGGAGGAGACGGGGACACGAGGAGGACCAACGCGUCCACACAACACGGGAGCUGAAAGCAGAAAUCUAAAUACAGACACGCGUUUGCUCAGUGAUGUUUAAACCUCUCGAAUCCUUUUAAAGUAUCUUACUCCAUGCUGCGUCGUCUCUGUGCUGUGGCCUCCUUAGAGCUGUAAACUGUCUAACCGUUGUCUCUUUCUGACUUGUGUGACAUUAAUCAUUCAGUGAGCAGCACGUGCUCUAAUGUAUCUGGGGGGGGGAAUAAUAAAUAAAUAAAUGGCUGUUUAUGAAUGGAAA